AUGUCGUAUAUUCCUACGGUGAGCGUAACAAGCGCUGCCGCAGCGGCAAAUAUGAGUUCUGCGGCAAAUAUGGCGGCAUACUUCAAAAAUGGUGCUUAUGCAACUGCGCCGCAUAUGUCAAGUGCUGCACUUGGUUUUACCGCAACACCAGCGCACAAUUUUUUGCCGGGCGGAAUGGGUUAUAUUGGAAAUUCACUAGCAGAUUGCCAAACGGCUGGAUUAACAGCCUGGAAUGCUAGCCAAGCAGCAAGUUCAAACUUCAGAAAACAACGCCGUGAACGAACAACAUUUUCACGAAUACAAUUGGAAGUUUUGGAGAAUUACUUUUCCAAAACUCGUUAUCCAGAUAUAUUUAUUCGUGAGGAAAUUUCAUUGAAAAUUCAAUUACCAGAAUCACGCGUUCAAGUAUGGUUUAAAAAUCGACGUGCUAAAGCUCGACAACAAAAGAAAGCAACAAAACAUGAAGUUGCAUUGCAUGUCGUUCCGGCAUGCAGCAAUGAUGGUAGCUCAUCUAGUAAAACUAAUUCAUCUGAUAUCCGGAAUGCUAGUACUUGCAGUACUGAGAUAAAAACAGAAAGAAGUGAAACAAGUGUAUCAGAACAAAGGACAUCACCAUUUGAAAUUGAUUCAUCAAAAUUAACCGUCUUACCACCACCAUAUUUUGGUACCAUAUCACCAUCAACAGCAUAUACAUCACAAGCAACAUUUCCACAAGGAUAUGGCUAUGGAGGUUAUCAAGCGACAGUUCCAACACCAAUGGAAUAUUUUCAGUAUCCGACAAGUGCUGCAACAUAUGCUGCAGCUACUGAUCCAUGGAAAUUUAUGAAUCAAUGA